GCUGACAGAAAAAAGGCGUCAUGAUGGUAAGCAAGAACAAGGAAGAUAAGAUAAGAUCUGUCCAUCAACCUUUCGAACCAAUCCCUAUCACUGAGCAUAUCAACUACGAUCAUGUCGUCCUCCUCCGCGGGAGCAAUCUUGGGCACUGACUCGGAUAAAGGAUUGAAAACUGCUGCUUCGGGGGACCCAAGCCUUCCCCAGGAGCUGAUUGACGCUAUCGUCGGUGAACUCGAAGGCGACGAUGUCGUCCUCAGGAAUGCUUCCCUCGUCAAUCAUUCCUUCCAUUCCUCAUGCCAAAAGUUGUUGUUCUCCCGUAUCGAGCUAAAGUUUCGUCCCACAAGACAUAAUCCUUAUAUCCAAUUCCAUCGGCUAAUCCUUGAUUCACCACGUAUCCCUGCGCUUGUAAAGACGCUACUGAUUCACGACUUUUACGGCGGAGGCCUCGAGAGCACCUGGUUUUUACAAGACGACAUUCUGAUCCCGAGGAUUAUCGAGCUCCUGGUUAACUUAACCUCUAUCACCGUCCAUGGGGCGAGGUUCAUUACUCGCAGGUGCCAGAACCUAUCCAGCGCCACAAGGGCAUCCCUCUUCUACACACCUUUGCCUCGAUUGACCAGAAUAUCGCUUGUGAACGUCAUUUUUCCCGACUUUCAGGAACUCGUCGACCUCCUUGUCGACCGUCCGACACUCCAGGAAGUCAAGCUCCUGGAUGUCCUCAUCCAUGCACAAACAAUCGCGGGAUCAUCACCGUAUCAUGGCGUUAUCGAUAGAUCUCGAUUACCACAACUAUCUUCUCUCGCUGUCCGAAUGUCCCAGCUGGAGGGGUCACCGUUCGAAAUGUUGAUGAAUUCUUCGUUCUCUACUCAUGUAUUCGGACAAUUGGAGAAGCUGCAGUUUUAUUUAACUUGUACCCCCAGGUCUGUUCACUCAGGGAGUUUGCAGAAACUUCUGGACAUGACCCAAGACACUUUGGAGGAACUCGUACUGUAUACCUUCAUUGAGCGAUCCACCGAGAACUUCGUAGAUAUCAGCUGCGUCCCACGCAUUACUUGCGUGUUCUCGACAUAUGACUUCAUUGGGGGACUUCCAGACCUUUUCCGAGGGCAUUAUGAUCGCGAGCAAUGUCGGAUGGGGGAUGUGACGCUGAGAGUCGUCUUACUUGACUCGCAAGCGUUGAAUCGCUGCCCAGCCGAGACAUGGGAAUCGCUCGACGACCUCAUGGUACGCGUCAAGAAUCGCGUGAACUUUGUCGUUGUCACGGAACCCGAAUCAGUCGGAAGACCAAGGAACAAGCAAUUGGAUAAGCAGAAAGUCAUGGAAGGCUUGAGGAGGACAAACUUGACGGGUAUUUUGGAUGUUGAAGUUAUCGGUGGAGAUCUGAGAACCGAGCUUGAGAGAGGCUACAUCACUCUCUGAGGCGUUCAACUAGGAAGGUAAGGUUGAUCGUUCAAAGAUCUGGUUGAGGAGCAAACAGGUGGCGCGGAAGUAGACACAACAUUAAAGAUUUAAAGCCAGUAUGUUCAUAAGUCGCGUAGGGCUACAGAUUGUAUAAGUUUCCGAGUAGACUGAAAAUCAAAACAGAGAUGCUAACCAUCUGCAUAACAAAAAAAAACACAUCCCAGCAAAAGGCGAGGGUACACAAUAGUCGCAACUCUUUUCCUCUUGUUC